UUGUAAAUUUUACAAAUUUCCGACUGCCAAAUGGAAAAUCAAUCAAAGAAAAAUGUGGGUAGCUGUAGCAAGGAGGCAAAAUCCUCAUGGAUCACAGGGGAUUCCCAAAUCAUACGAUUAUAUUUGUAGUAAUCAUUUUAUUGGAGGCAAAAAAUCUGAAGAGGAGUUAAGUCCUAGCUAUAUUCCUACAAUAUUUCCUCCAAUUUACAAGUAUCGAAAAGUGAAUGAACUUUCUGUUGAGAACAGGUACAAGCGUUUAAAGGAUCGUCGAAUGAAAAAUAAAUUAUCAUCAACAUCUUAUACUGAGCCACCAAUUAAUGAAUUUGUUGAAAUAAUGAUUGAAAAUCCACCAGUAUCACCACAGAAAGUCGACCAAGGGUGUCAAGUAGACUUUUACUCAAAUUUUGAUGUAAAUUCUCAAACAUUUAUUUGCAACAGAUACAUCAAAAAUGAAAUAUCUCAUGCUGAAACUCAAACGGAAAUUACAGAAGUUACUGGAGCAACCAAAGUUAAUUAUACUAAUAAAAAAUAUGUAACAACAAAAUGUGGGACAGUUCAAAAGACAUUUGUUGAUCAAGAAAGUCAAGCUGAUGAUUCACGAUUUGCAGGAUUUUCAUCAAUAACUAAGAAUCAUGAGUUAAUUGAUGUUUGGUAA